AUGUCAUCUGAAAUCCUGGACGUGCUGAAUGUUCAGCAUUCGGGGAGCUCAUCACAGCCUCCAAAGAAGAAACAGAAAACAGAACAGAAGGCCAAAGCUCUGACCGGUAUGAAUAGAGAAUUAUUCCAGUUAUUAGGUCAAAACACGCCUCCUGUUGCUGUUAGAAAUCAACAGAAGUUCAAGGACAGGCUGAAUGCGCUGGAGAAGCCGUCUUCUUGGACUUGGGCUGCUUUCAAGAACAAUGCGAGAACGGAUGGGCUGAAGUUGCAUCAUUGGGUGAAAGGCUCCAAGGAAACCGUUGAGGCCUCUGAGCUUCCAUACAAAUUUGAGAAGUAUAACACUGAGUUGAACAUUCCUGACUUCACUGAGGAUGACUAUUUGACCUUUAUCAAGAACAAGGCUGUUCCAUGGUGCUAUAAGGAGACCAGAUACCUGUUUGACCUUGCAAAGGCGUUUGACCUGAAAUGGAUAGUCAUAAACGAUAGAUACAACUAUGAGGAGCCAACUGGUCGUUCCUUAGAGGAUCUCCAGGAGAGAUUCUACGGGGUUUGUCAAAGGAUCCUCAUAUACCAAAACGAACAAGAAGAAACUGCACAGAAUUCGAACUUGAUCUCGAAUCUCAACUAUAACAAACACAAAGAGAUUGAAAGAAAGAAGUACCUUAUCAGACUAUUGGAGAGAUCUCCUGCAGAGAUCGCUGAAGAGGAGAGUUUAUUGAUCGAAGCCAAAAAAUUCGAGGCUGCUGCAAAGAAUACAAUUGCUGAAAGAGCCCAGUUACUGCAACUGUUGGAUUCACCCCACGCUACAGGCUCGAUAAAUCAAUACCUCUCGUCUCAAGGGUUAACACAGUUGUACAACCAGUUAAUGACAGAGAAGCGUAAACGCAGGGUGGAUUCACCUGCCCCAGAAAACCCAUUAGCUGCUUUGAAUGAGAAGUUCAAGCAACAGCACCUCUCUAGACAGAAACAACUACAGCAAGAAAGAAUGGAGCAACAUAAAAGAGUUAAGGAUAGUCCAAUAUCUAUGCUUCUUUCGAAGAACUUGACACCAAGAGAGGAAGCAGCCUUUGGUCUACAAGUACAUGCGGAAAAGAUUACACCUGGUGUGUUUCUAAGGUCUUCAAAGAUCCCAACCUAUAAACCAAACGUUCAAAACAGAAUCGUCGCCAUCUUGAACGAAUUGGGUCUUGGACGUAAGCCUGUCAUGUCUACGGAGAGUGUUGUUGCCAAACAGGAUGAACUCUACAAGACCAUAAACACGUUGUUGGACCUGAAGAAACAAGUUGACAAACUUGAAACUGAACAUCGCAUUAUGAAAUAG